CCAGCCCCUGGGCGCGGCCUGCAGGGGGCAGGCGAUCGCCCGGGGAAGCAGGGGGCAGGACCAAGGCCAGAGCCGGUUCCCGCUUGGUCGCCUCCCACAGCUGCAGGCAGCCUUUUCUGCGCCUCCGCCAGGUGCGCCUUCCUCGGCCCGCCGACCCGGCACGGCACUCCCCGCUGACAUGUGCGCCUCCCAGAUGCCGCCCCUGGCGCACAUCUUCCGAGGGACAUUCGUCCACUCCACCUGGACCUGUUCCAUGGAGGUGCUGCGAGAUCACCUUCUUGGCGUGGGCGACAACGGCAAAAUAGUGUUUUUAGAAGAAGCAUCUCAACAAGAAAAACUGGCCAAAGAAUGGUGCUUCAAGCCAUGUGAAGUAAGAGAACUGAGCCACCAUGAAUUCUUCAUGCCUGGGCUGGUUGAUACACACAUCCAUGCUCCUCAGUAUUCAUUUGCUGGAAGUAACGUAGAUCUGCCACUUUUGGAGUGGCUAACCAAAUACACAUUUCCUACAGAACACAAAUUCCAGAGCAUCGACUUUGCUGAAGAAGUAUAUACCAGAGUUGUCAGGAGAACUCUAAAGAAUGGGACAACUACGGCUUGUUACUUUGGAACAAUUCACACUGACUCAUCCUUGCUCCUUGCAGAAAUUACAGAUAAAUUUGGACAGCGAGCAUUUGUGGGCAAAGUGUGUAUGGAUUUGAACAACACUGUUCCAGAAUACAAAGAAACCACUGAGGAAUCAAUCAAGGAAACUGAGAGAUUUGUGUCAGAAAUGCUUCAAAAGAAGUAUUUGAGAGUGAAGCCCAUAGUGACGCCACGUUUUUCCCUUUCCUGCUCUGAGGCUUUGAUGUGUGAACUUGGCAACAUUGCCAAGACCCACGAUUUGCACAUCCAGAGCCACAUAAGUGAAAAUCGUGAUGAAGUUGAAGCUGUGAAAAACUUAUACUCCAGUUAUAAAAACUACACAGAUGUGUAUGAUAAAAACAAUCUUCUGACAAAUAAGACAGUGAUGGCGCAUGGCUGCUACCUUUCUGCAGAAGAACUUGACGUAUUCAGGGAACGAGGAGCCUCAAUCUCCCACUGUCCCAAUUCUAACUUAUCGCUAAGCAGUGGCUUUCUAAAUGUGCUGGAGGUCCUGAAACAAGAAGUGAAGAUAGGACUGGGGACAGAUGUUGCUGGUGGUUAUUCAUCGUCCAUGCUUGAUGCAAUCAGAAGAGCAGUGAUGGUUUCCAAUAUCCUUUUAAUUAAUAAGGUAAAUGAGAAAAGCCUCACCCUCAAAGAAGUCUUCAGACUAGCUACUCUGGGAGGAAGCCAAGCCUUGGGGCUAGAUAGUGAAAUUGGAAACUUCGAAGUGGGCAAGGAAUUUGAUGCACUCCUGAUCAAUCCCAAAGCAUCAGACUCUCCCAUUGACCUCUUUUAUGGGGAUUUUGCUGGUGAUAUUUCAGAGGCUGUUAUCCAGAAGUUCCUCUAUCUAGGAGAUGAUCGAAAUAUUGAGGAGGUUUAUGUGAGCGGAAAGCAAGUCGUUCCGUUCUCAAGCUCCGUGUAAGACCCUUGGGCUUCUGAGAAUGUUCUCCUGACCUAACAUGGUUUUGCAUCUCCCUUCUGCCCAGGUGGAGUUAGAAAGUCAAAAAACAGUACCUUGUUCUUGGGAUGACUAUCUUUUUCUGUGUCUAGUUACAGUAUUCGCUUGACAAAUUCUUGGAAGGAAAUUGCACUAAUUCUUAACUCCCUGGUUGGGAGAGUUCAAAAUUUCAUGAAAAUUCCUCCAUCUUGAGCUGUUCAGAUUUACUUUAAGCUCAAACAUAAGGAAAUGUUUUUGCUGGUGAUGUUAUUAUGAGAUUUCAGUAAAAUCUAUUGCAUAUUUUGGAAUACAGAGAGAAAAGAUUCCUAGAAGGUUAAAUAUUUUGAGUUAAUUUGAAAAUUAGAAACCUGAAAAGGACCAGUGAGAAUAUUUUUGUGACAGAGUAAGAGACUAUGAACAAAUUUUGGAAAAUCACUUAGGAUUGUGUUUGAAAAUUACAUACUGAGCAUACUAAUUUAAAAAGAGAACUUGUUGAAUUUUAAAAUGUUUUUCUAGAUUGACCUUGUGUUCUGGAAAUUUGCACUUAAAGGAAUUUGCAUUUCAGAGA